CUGCGGGAGGCCCGAGUGCGUCUCGAUGGUUACACAGCCAUGGCGCUGCGCAAGUCGCUGACGGUGGGCGUCCUGCUGGCCGCGGGAGCGGGCGUGGGCUCCGCACUCUUUCUUCUUGUAACUCCGGGGGAGCGACGCAAGGAGACGAUGCUUACGGAGAUGCCCGAGAAGCACUGGCGGCAGCGGGAGGACAGGUCCAGGAGCAAUCAGCUCGUGCUGGCCACCCUGCAGGAGGCAGCGGCCACGCAGGAGAACGUGGCCUGGAGGAAAAAGUGGAUGGAAAGCGGGAGAUAGCCUGAGCGCCCCCCUGCCGCACCCUUGGGUGCCGGCCACGGGCCACGGGGCGGCUCUUCUCUCCCGGCCGCGCCGGGGAAGCACGUCCCCCCCAAACCCUGUACCGGCGGCUCUUUACACUUCUGCAUUGCGGACCCGGGUGUCGGAUGUGACAAACUGAAGCGACUAAUAAAAUCUCUCUCCAUUCCAAACGUUGAACCCGGCGUCGGCCGCCAGUUGGGGUUCGGUGAUGUAGGAGGGGAGGGCUCCGCAGCCCCCAACGCAGGGUUGAAAAGCCCAAUAGGCACAGUGACCGCAUUUUCCAAACAAAGUGGGUCCUGUGAUUUCUGCUUGCGUGUCCUUCCGGGUAUAAGCAAUGCACAUUCUUGGAGAAAUACAACUAUGUGUUGGACUAGGCACCGCCAGAGCACACUGUGGAUCCCUGUCCUUCAGAGGCGAUUAAAUAGGGGCUUCUAUUGA